AUGGAGUUAUGCGGGCGUCAGAAAGUCGUUCAGCGCAAGAUGGUGCUUUUAGGUGACGGUGCUUGCGGCAAGACUUCGGCCCUGAAUGUGUUCACCAGAGGGUUCUUCCCAACAGUCUAUGAGCCGACUGUCUUUGAGAACUAUGUCCACGAUAUUUUCGUUGACGGUACACACAUGGAGUUGUCUUUGUGGGACACGGCUGGCCAGGAAGAAUUCGAUCGAUUGCGCGCGCUUUCAUACGAGGAUACCCAUGUGAUCAUGCUUUGCUUCAGCGUCGACAGCCCCGAUUCAUUCGAGAACGUGGCGAGCAAAUGGACGGAGGAGAUCUCCGAGAACUGCCCGGGCGUGAGAAUGGUCCUUACGGCGCUCAAGUGUGACUUGAGAAAGGACGAGGAUCUGAACGACAACACGAACACCAUCACAUUCGACCAAGGACUAGCCAAGGCAAAGGAAAUCGGUGCCGUCAAGUAUUUGGAAUGCUCUGCUGUCCAAAAUCGCGGUAUCAGAGAGACCUUUUACGAGGCAGCCAAGGUCGCCCUCGAGGUUAAGCCCCCAGGAUCCAAGGGAUCCAGUGGAGGAUGUGUGAUCCUCUAG